AUGAAGUUCGCAUCACCCCAAACCGUCGCCCUCGGGCUCAUCGCGUCAAUCAUUACGAUGACGAGCGCUCUGCCCAUGGCCGAGGUCGCUCGCCAUGUCGAGCUCGACGACCGCGCGUCGAUCUGCCUCAUCUGCAAGACGAACAAUUUCUCUUGCACAAUCAGCGUUGGGUUCACGAUUUCGAUCUGCAUCGAAGACCGUGCUGCUCCAACCCCGGCUAUCCGUGCCGAAGAUAAUCCCUGGGUAGAGGCAUACAUUACGGCCGCCUGA